UGCACUUAUAGACAUCGGAUGCACAGGGAGUCAGUCAGUUGUUUGUCAGCACUGGUAGCGAUCGGGCGGUUGUUUAGAGAAGUGAUAUCACAAAAUUGUGUUACACUUAGCGUUUCGGUGCCAAUAGAGACAGUUUGUGCCAACACAACAAAGUAUUGCAUAUAUGCCUCCCAAAUGUAUUGCAUAUUCAAUACUAACUUUUAAAAUAAAAAUCUCUUAUUUGUUAUACGAAACGACAAUAAAAGCUUCAAAUAUAUGAUUAUAGUUAUGAAUAGUAUGUGAAGUAAAUCCCAUGAAUUUCAAGUCGAUUGCAACCAACAAAUAAUAUAUGAUUUUAUAAAACAAUUGUGAACUUUAUGUGCAAUAGUUGUGUGCAUUACUACUGAAGUCUUUUUCAAGUGAUUUGUCAAUUGAUGUGAAAAAAGCUAAUUCACUGAUCGUUUCAUAAGAUAUUUAUUAUGAGAUCAAAAAGUAAAAUGUCAGCAAUCAAUAAAUCGCUGAAUAACUCAAAACAGAUUAUCACAAGUAAUACCAUUAAUGCCGGUCCUGGCAGUGGUGUCGGUGGCGUCAACUCAAUCAAUAGCAUUAACAGCAUCGGCACAAAUAACACCAUUAAUAGCACCGGCAGCCAAAAUAGUCAAACACCCAAUGGUAAUGACAUAAUGAGUUCAUCACAUAUGUCUACACUUCAAACUCUAACGACAGCCAAAUCUGGUUCAACACAAACAACACCAUCGAUGGCCAACACAGCACCGGAAUGUUUCGGUUGUCAUAAAGUCAUACGGGAAAGGUAUCUAUUGAAAGCAUUGGACCAUCUCUGGCAUGAAGACUGUCUCAAAUGUGUUUGUUGUGACUGUCGUUUGGGUGAAGUCGGGUCCACACUCUUCACAAAAGCCGAUCUCAUUCUUUGUAAACGUGAUUAUCUCAGGAUGUUUGGUGCGACAGGUCUUUGCUCGGCCUGUAAUAAACAGAUACCGGCGUUUGAAAUGGUUAUGAGAGCCAGAGGAAACGUAUAUCAUUUAGAGUGCUUCAAAUGUGAGGCCUGUUCUCAUCGGUUUUGUGUUGGCGACCGGUUCUACUUAUAUGACAAUAAGAUAUUGUGUGAAUACGAUUACGAGGAACGGAUGGUCUUCGCUAAUCUGAAUCAAAUGACAAGUUUGGAUCACAUUAAGAGACAGACACAAGAACUGGUCGAAGUGUGUGACGGUUCCAGUGGUUAUGCCAGCGGAGACUCACCAUUUGAAACCAAUCGAUCACCUAGGACAAAAAGGCCACACAUUUAAGAUAUCAACGUAUAUACUAAAUGCAAGUCAA